CACACCCACCUUACUCACCUGUUCCCAUUUCCCUCAUUAGCUCCCCAGCAUACAUACUGGUCCAUUCCCGCUUUCCUGCUGCCAUUGUCUUUGACUUCCACCUGCUUCUUUCGCUUUUACUGGUGGUUUUUGAGCCUGCCCGCUUGUAAGACUUUGUUGUCAUCACUAUGCGCAUGAUUAAAGUUUUUCUUCACUGCACCUACCUGCCCACCUGCGUCUGCAUUUGGAUCCUCCUUCCUGUGCUCCGUACACCAACCGGCAGAUAGACCUGCCCAGCGGAGGUCGAGGGACUUGUGAAAUAAAAAGGAGGCGUCCGUAAAACCGGCUUUUUCUUCUCUUCAGUCGCGCCCAGACGUGCUGCUGUAGCUGCUCGGGAUUCUCGUCGUCCCUGCCCUCAUCCUAGGGCUGGCCUUGAUGGUGAUCUGCACUGAGAGCGACGCCAAACCUGAUGGCGAGGCAACAGGAAAAACACGAGCAACUGAAACUUCCCAUUUCUUCUUUCUUCUAUUUACCAGCUGAAAAGAUUUUCACAGCGACCUGCGCCCCACAGUGUGCUCACCGUGCUUAGGUCUCUACUGGGACUAUUGGGCAUUUUCAGCCGCGCCGGGAGUGCGGCUCUAGGGAUGGCUUUGUCCGUUGCUCAGGCCCCAACUUCGGUCCAGGCUGAAAUAUCCCGACACCUAUUGGGUGGAUUCCCGUGAAGUUUGCUACGGAGGCUUACGGAGCCUCCUGACUGUCGUGAUCCCUGGACCGUUCCUCUGCUGCUACCAGGAGGUGUACAUUUGUGGUUUGUAGUUAAAUGCCUCAGUGACUAUUGAAUACAUUGCCCUGAAAUUUUUGUACACACAUUCAUGUUUCUCUCGGGAUGAGCUUUAAUAACUCUGCUGAUCACUGAACUUUUCAUCUGGCACCACCAGUAUUUUGUCCAGCAAGUAGGACAAAAUAAAUAAAAAGCCACCCUCCUACAUAUUGUUUAUUUUAUUGAAUCGUCUUACCAUGAGACAUGUGAUAGAGUUAAAUUGCAGAACUGCAGCCAAUCGGUGUAGUGGAUCAUCAGUAGUAGCCGGUAUGUUGACGAGCUGCGGCCUGUUUCGGCAGAGGCCAACGUGAGUCCACCUCAGGUGAAUCCCAGCAGCUUCCUCAGGUCACCGUUUCAAUGAGAAGUCAAUCGUCAACGUGCAGGUAAGAUCAGACCCUGCAGCAGGGAGAGAGACGGAUGGAGAGUGGAGCUGUGUGUGUGUGUGUGUGUGUGUGUGUGUGUGUGCUUGGAGGAGGAGGGACUCCAUCGUUUAGAGAAGUUCAGGACUCUCCAGUGAAGAAGGAAGAGAGGCAGCGGUAAACCCUCGGCGCCUCAACAUGAAAAUCGUUCACACUUUGAUCUGCUGCUUCUACCUCUCUCUGCAGGGUGGAAUCGCACAGAUCUUCAUUUACUCAGGCCCCGAAGGAGGAAACGUCACAGUUGAGUGUCCCGUUUUUUCGUGGGGAACGACCAAGAUCUUCUGCAAGGAAACGUGUGAAACGGGCAACGUCCUCAUUGAUACGAGAGAGAGCUCUCAGCGGGGCAGAUACCGCAUCGACGACGGUGGAAAUAGGGUUUCUGUGACCAUCACAGGGCUGACCAAGUCCGACUCGGGGAUGUACAGCUGUUCGCGAGGAACAACUGUACAAACCAAGUUAGAAAUCAUUGUCACGGAUGUGCAGCUGGAUGGAACCCGCGGUCCUUCGGAGGAAAAACCCCUCUAUAAAAGAGCUGGAGGAAAUGUCACAGUUAAAUGCAUCUUUCGUAACGGAGGCGAAUGGAAAUACUUCUGUAAGGAAGAAUGUAAAGAGGUAGACAUUCUCGUUGAAACACCUGGUUUCUUGGAUCAGCGAGGCAAAUACAGCCUCAGAUAUUUAACGGAUUCUUUGACGAGAGGAUUUGUGUUUGUGACCGUCACACAGCUGACCAAGUCUGACUCAGGACGGUACAGGUGUGGUGUGGGCAGAAGGUCACGAAAGAACUUUUGGGACUUUGAGAUCAUUGUAACAGAUGUCCCAUCGGCCUCCACGCCACCGGCAACAUCAUCAUCAACUUCAUCAGCCUUCCGUAAAAUCAACAACCUGCCACCCGAGUCUGAGGCACCAAAUACUGAAGCUGCCACGGAUACGCCGCUGUAUGUGGGCCUGACCCUCGCCGCCGUUGUCGUCCUGUUAACGGUGGCUGUGCUGAUCUUCUGCAAAAAGAGGAUUUAUAAACCCAAGGAACCUCCUGAGGGGAAACAGGAUGAUUUUGUGGCAGCGGCCAACAGAGUGUACGACGAUAUCAGAGAGGAGGCCAGUUUCCAGCGCAAAGAUGAAGAUGACUCCAGUAAAUGCAUCUACGCCAGGGUGAAUUUUUCCAGCAAAACCGCCGGUCCAUCCAGCAGCGACCCCUGCGGCGACGACGGUUCCGUUAUUUAUUCCGUCCUUCAGGCAGAAGCGAGCUCCGGUGCCAGUCGCACCUGAGAAGACCCACCUCUGCCCUCUGCGCUCACGUACAACAGGAAACUGGUCUGAACGAGCAACAACUGUGCAAAUAAUCUGAAACCUAUUAGAAGUGUGUUUGUGUGAACAUGACUUUUCCUGUGACAUCUUAUCAAAAGUCAUAUUUCUGUCCUCGGUAACGUAACCACACAUGUGCUGCCUCAACACUUUGUAAGCUGCUUUUACUACUUCUACUUUUGCUAAUCUUAUUUUAAGUUAAUUUUAUUAAAGUAUUAUUAUCACAGUAAGUUAUUGGGGUUAAAGUAAACUCUUUAUUGGAGAAGACAGCAUAAGGCUUACCAUGAAAUAGUUGGUUCGAAUUAGGAUAAAGGCUAAAUUUACACAAAUUUAAAAUAAUAGGAUAAAAACAGUAACAUCAAUGAAUAAAUGUGACAACUUAUUUUCCCAAAUGUGUGAUAUCUGUAAAGGUGUGAUCUGGUCAUGACUAGUACUUGUUGAAAGGUUCUGUACAGUCUGUAGCAGGUCAGUAGAAAUGCUGGUUUUCAUACACUGCUGUGGCACAGUCAAACUAAUAACACAGGCAACCAACAUUUUGAAUGAAAAAUCCUUGUAAUGAAAAGUCUUUUUGUAAAGUUAGGGACACGCGUCUUUCUGAGACUCCUCGGUUAUCAAGAACAGUGACAAAAGAGAGGGAGCUGCAGGCUGAAGGCUGAUAAAUGACACGUUUAUUUUAAAAGAGGAGCCUAACGUUAACACAAAAUGAACAAAAAACAAGCUGAGGUGUUGCAGUGGAUACAGUCAGUAG